AAUAAAAUUUAAAACGAGUUUAAACACAUAGAGACAGUAACACACGAUGGUGAAAAGUUUGCUAAACAGAGAUGGUACUGUUCUUGUUCUUUAAAGGAAAUAAUAGAGAAUGACAAUGCAAGAUGAUGGAUUUAUCAAUUGCUGUAGCUUGUCUUAUAGUGUAUAUUAAGAAACACAAGAAUUCUUGUUCGCAUUUAGACGUCCUGUCGGAAAAAAUAAGAAUAGAAGUAGAAAAACAAAUCAAUCAGAACGAAAGUCUCCAUGAAAAAGUCAAGGAAGAUAAAGAUGAUUUGGAAAACUACAAGCUCCAACUGCAUAUUCUUACAAAAAGUAAAGAAGAUUUAGAAUUAGAAUUAGAGGAAGUCAGGCGUCAAAAUUUAAUGUAUGAAAAGAAACAGGAGCACAUUUUUGAAGACAAUAAGAGGCUAAAUGAGAAGGUCGAGCAACUUGAAAUAAAUAAUUCUGUUCUUAUUGAUAGACAUAAAAAAGAAAUGGAAAAACAAGUCAAUGUUAAAAAGAGAAACAACCAUCACCAUAUUACAGAGCAAACGCGUUUAAAAUCGUACAUAUCUAAAUUGGAGAUAAAGACAAAGGAGUAUCAAGAUAAAGUUAUUGGCAUGAAGCUAAAAUGUGAAAAAGAGGUUCAAGCAACAGAAAGAAAAAUGCAUCAAUUACAAGUACACCUUCAGGAAAAAAAGGAACGGAUAAUGCAAAAAGAUGAAGUCAUCACUUCAAACGAAAGAAAGAUUAAAUACCAGUGUGCAGAGAUAGAUCACCUUCGUGAACAAAUAAAAGACAUGGAGGUUAAAAAUGAUUUUCUGAGAGCAAAAGAGCAUGAAAUAAGUAAAAUGAGUGAAGAAAAACAAAUAUUAGAAAGGAAAAAUGAAGAACUUUUUGAUGAAAUGGAGAAAGUGACUGAAACACUUUGUAAAACUGAUGCGCGAUUGGGUGCGGUUUUAUCAUCUCUGAAGAUAGACAUGGUUUCUUUGACCACAUGUGAGGAUGAUAACUGUACAAGAUAUAAACACGAAACUCAUAUGCAAAAAACAUCUGACUGGAAAGAGGUUGCAUAUUCUAUAAAGAAUAAAAUUGAUCAUCUGCAAGGCAAUAUCUACGGCCUAAAUAUCAAAAGUAAUAGCUAUGAAGACACCAACGUAUGUGACAAAUAUCAUAGCCCCAUGAAAAGUGAACAUGUAAACUUCAUGCAACAACCUGUUGAAACACAGACAGAAUUGAACGAACUACAUGAAUUGCUCAACAAAAAAGAACAUGAGCUGAGCAAACUAACUGACGAUAAAAUGUGUCUACAAAACACAAUAGAGCAAAAUGAAAUACUUUUGCAACAGUUCAGGGAAAAAUUAAACCAUAUGCAAAAACGAUAUCAAGACAAAACAGAAACCGUUAAUUCAACAGAGAAGAUGAAUGCAGAUCUUGCAAAAGAAUGUGAUAAUCUAAGAGACAGAUUAAAGAAAAAAGAGAUGUAUAUAACACAACUUAAGGAAGACAUAUAUAAAAAUCUCUCUCACUACGAAGAAAGGGAAUCAAAAUAUCAGCAUGAUUUGACACAACUAAGAUCGGAAUUGAGAGAAAAGGGUGUACAACUGUCUCGAUUAAAUGAUCAACUUAUUGAAGGAGAGUCGGCAAAAACAGACCAUGUGCUUAAUGCACAAGAAUUGCUGAAGUAUAAAGACAAAUUAAUUGAAUCAGAGGAACAAUUAAAAAACAUCCAGAAUGAACACUGUCAGCUAAAGACAAAAUAUGAAGAUUUAGAGAAUGAACUAAGGAAAAAAGAAGGCGAACUAACUAAACGGGAGAUGGAACGUGAUCAAAUAUUAAAAAAAAUGAAGGAAUCUGACGAAUUAGUCAUUUUGAUGCAGAAGAAGAUUCAGGAGUUGGAAAGAGAUGCUGUGCAAAAUAACCAGACCAAAACCGACAUAGACAGACAGCUUGAGGAUCUAAACGAACGCCAAACUUUACUUUUAUCCGAGAAAGAUAGAAUUAUAUCAGAACUGAACAAAACAAUGAUUUUGUUAAAUCAAACAAUCUCCGAUCUAAAAGAAACCGAAAAGUCACUUAAAUUAGAUCAAAGAAAUAGAGAAGAACACAUAUCUACGUUAAAUGAUAAAUUAAAGAAAUACACACAUUUGGUUAAUAAAAAUGAGUCAAAAGUUCGAGACAUGGAAAAGACUCUACAGACAGAAAAAAAUGAGUUUGAGAAUAAAUUACAGUUUUAUGAGAAUGAAAUUGCCAGGAAAGACAAAAUGGCUGACGAAAUCAACGAUAGAAUGGGCAAAAUGGAAUCACGCGCAAUAGCGCUAGGAAAAGAAUUGAAGGAAAGAGAUGCCAAAAUAGAUGAACUUGAUGCACAGCUCCAACAAAUCCAAAAACACCAAGAUGAUACUCAGAAAAAUCUCGAAAACGUCAUCAAUUCAAAACAGAAAUUGAUACUUCAUCUCCAAAAAGACGUUGAACAGCGCAACUCUAAAAUUAGUAGUCUGGAGAAAAAAAACGCACAGGAAUCAUUAGAAAACCUUUCUGGAGGAGAACACAAAAUUGAUGUUGCAGUGACAAAUGAGAUCAAGGAGCUGAAAAGACAGUUAAAACUUACAAUGUCAAAACUACAUGACACUGAAGCUGAACUCGAUGACACUAAGACUAGACUUAGUAAAGCCAUGGGGGACCGUUUGACAGAUAACAACCCCAACAUCACUGAUCUAAGCGACAGGAAUCGUCCAACAAAACUUGCCGAGAAAUGUGCAGAGCUGUAUGAUAAUCAAUGGACAGAUGCAUUUGAAAUUCUUGAAACAUAUUUUCCAAAUGAUGAGGCUGUAAUCGAAGCUUUAUUGCAUAUCUUACAGGUUACAAUGACCUUCUGUCAAGAAAAGGCGCAGUACCAGAUGGACGAAUUAGGGAGGACUUUGACCUUCGCAGACAGAAAUGCAAAUGCUGAUCAGUCACUCAGUGUAUAUAAACAGUUGAAAGAUACUAGAAAAGCCACUGCGUUAUCAGCAGUAAAAAACUUACGCGAGAUGUUUAUUUCAUAUCUUAGACAAACAGCGGAUCAAACGGUAUCAAGAGCUCUUGAAAUCAAGGAUUUUACCUUUGAAUGCCUUGAAAUGUGCUGGUUAAUGUUGGUAAAUGAUCCUCCUGUUGCAUUUGCUCCCUUGCUUGCAAAGGGUACACACUUCAACUCAGAUUUAUACAAACCGUACACAACUAAUGGGUCACACGUCGAAUAUGUUGUAUGGCCUGCUUUGCUGUUACAUAAAGGUGGUCCAAUUCUGGCAAAAGGUGUAGCUCAAGGAAUCAACAAAUCAAAGAAAAGUACAAAGCAUAAGAAAUCCAUGUCCAACAAACAGUUUUGAAAUGUUCAAAAUAAGGAAAUAGUAAUUAAAGUACAGUUGAAGUACUAAACGAAAUAUAUGCUAAACAACAAUAUUGAAAUGUUCAAGAAACAGUUAAGUUAACUGAAAAGCAUGCCAAACGCACAAUAUUCAAAUGAUCAAAAUACAGUUUAUUUUAAAGUAAAAUGAAAGGAUGCGCACGAACAAUGUUUUUUAUGUUCAAAAUAAAGUACACUAUGUAACCAGAGAUCACAUUAACCGAUGUAAAACAAAAAAUAAGUAUAAUCAAAUAAGUAUGUUAAUUUGAUCACGCAGACUGAAGAUAUUAGCAAGGCAGUACAUGCUAAAAUUAGAUUAUUCUCAUUAUUUAUGUACAUUGGUAUUCAGACCAAUUACUACUUGCUUGAAGUAAAACUACCAUAUUUCAUAAGUAUGUUAUGACGACUUUAGGUUCUACAAUUAUUGAAUAGGAAAUUAUAAGCAACUUUUUAUAAAUCAAGAUAAAUAGAGGAUAUUUGUUAAGUUCAGUGUAGGAACGGAAUAUAUUUCACCGAGGUAGCGCCAAAAGGUAUAUUUCACGAGUGGCGCAGCCACGAGUGAAAUAUGAACUUUUGGUGUUCACAAGGUGAAAUAUAUUUCGAUCUUACACUAAACUAAACAAAUGUUCUUUUUAUUAUAUGCAAAGAAACGUUUUAAAAAGACAUUGAACCUAAUACUGAAUGAAAAGCGCUCCAAAUAAUAAUACAUCGUGACGUCAUUUACGACGUUACGUCAUUAAGUUGGUUUCCAGUAUUGUGCACGCAGGUAUUUCACUGAAACAACGUAAUAAAUUCAAAACAGUGAAAUUAUCAAUUUGUUUAAAACAGUGAUAUUAUCAGUUUUAUAUCAUUGAUAUAUCUCUAUAAACCACCGAAAAGCAAUAAAACGCAAUAUUGGUGGAUAGUUUUAAGCAUAUCGUUUUAAUCAGUUUCUUACCAUAUGAAGAUGAUAUAUUACAUAUGCUGGUGGCAUGCUUGGUUGCUUUCAGUCUAUGUUUUUAUUGUUGUCUUAUUUUAUUUUUUCUUGUAUUUUAUCAUGUUGCAUGCUUGUCGUCCGUUUUGAUGUAAUUAUAAAUGUUUGUUGAUUUAUUUCAUAUUGAUUUCUUAGCAUAUCAAUACAAUUUGUAAGUUAAUGUUAGUUUUGUAUCUUAUAGAACAAUAUUUUGUAUCUUAAUUAAAGCAGCACGCCUCCAGAUUCAUGCUUAUUUUCAUGAAAAUUGAGAUAAUGCAUACAUGGCAUAGAAAAGUAAAAUAUUGUGAAGUGAACAAAGAUGAUAAUUUCCACAUUGCAAGCAGCACGUACAACCCAUGUAAAUCAACAAAAAGAGCUCAAAAAAUGCAAAAAUAGUACUUAGUGCGUUACUAACGCAGUAGAAAUAUGGUUGAAAAUACUGCAAAAUUGGUCAUUAAUCGCACAUAGCAUAGAAAUUAUUACUUGAUUACUUUAAUCUUGAAGAAUCUUUUUACUUUUCUUAAAAUUCCUGUACGUUUUUCUCAAAUUUGAUUUUCUUGAAAUAUUUUGGUUAAUCUGGAGGCGUGCAGCUUUAAUAUAUACAAUGCAACUGUUAGUUCAUGUAAUUAUUAGACUAUGUGCUUCUAUUACUAAUCUGAUCCAUCUACUGGUUCAUGAUAAUGGUCAUAUUUGAAUAGAAUAAGGGUAACAUAUUAUAUAGUUUACAUUGAAAGGAUCCAUGUUAACUGUCUGAAGAUGAAAAUCUGAUUUUGAUUUUGAUUUAAUUGACUGUAGCCACUUUAUACAACAUGGUUUGUGAGUACUGAUUCAACACAUGUAAGAUUUAAAAUCUGAAAAAUUCAAUAUUGAUAACUAACACUUUCGUUGAAAGCAUGUAACGUUAUAAUCUUUACAGAUCACUGGACUACAAUCUUAUCUAUAUUUUUCAGAUUUAGAUUAUUUCGUUAGUAUUGGUUUAAAUAGAGGAUAUUUGUUUGUUUUGCAUGUAAGAUUGAAAUAUAAUUUCACUGAGUGAACACCAGAUACAAUAUUUUCACGAGUGGCGUAGCCACGAGUGAAAAUAUAAUAGCUUGUGUUCACGAAUGAAAUAUAUUACAAUCUUAUAUGUAAAAAAAAUAAAUUUUCUUUUUAUUUUAUGCUUUUUAAGUGAUUUUAAGUAUUUUUUUACUGAUUUUGCCGCGUAACGUCGCGCAUUUUCCUUUGUGACGUCAUUAUAUCAUGACGUCACAUCAUAAGUUUUGAAAUAUAGUUCUGUUAAAUUUCUCUAAUUUUGUUAAAUUUUAACAUGAUAAAUGACGACAUUGACUUUCUUUUCCUAAAUAAGCAAAUUUACGUAUGACAGAAUUUAUUUCUGUCUGUUAUUCCAUUUGGUUAUGAUUUUCUUUUCAUCCGCAUUUAGAUAUAGUCCGGCUACAGUGAAAAUUAUAUUUUAUAAAUUUCACUAGUGGUUUAUCAGAAUAUAAUCAUCUGAUAUAUUGUAAUAAAACACUGGAAAGCAUGAAAUAAACAUAUUUUAUUCCUCACAUAAGUAUAUUUACAUACAUGAUAUUUACAAUCAAAACAAGAAAAGGAUUAGACUGGAAGCAACCUAAUGCUUAUUGAAGUCUUUUCCCAAUAUACAAUUAAUAUAUGUGCUAAAUAGUAGUAUUGAAAAAAUUGAAUCAUUGAAUGCUCUACCAAUAUGGGCUUUCAUUCAAGACACCUACCUUGUUUAAUAUAAUAAUUGCCUUAAAGUUAUUGAAGGAUGCUUGCAUGAUCCUAUCGGUUACCGUGUCACAUGUUACCAAUUUAUGUAUAUUGCUUAUGAUUUGAUGUGUUGCCAACAUUCAAUAUAUAGUUAGCAUUACUUAUUUUCACAUUUUUUACAUUUCAGAAUGAAUUAUUGUUUCGAAAAUACGUGUUUAAAAUAAAUAUUUUAUAUCUAUUAAAUAUCUAAUAAUAUCUGUUUUUGUAUCGUAGCUACUUUUAGUUUCAAAGUGCUACAAACUGGCUGUUAUGUGAUUAUUUAAUGUUUGACUGGUAACCAUUUAGAAAUUACACAGUUUGAUUCAUACUGAACAGGUUUCUAUAUAUUAUAUAAGUUAGGAGUUUUAACUGAGUAUUUAGACUAGUGUAAUAUUUAUCAUAAUAUACUUUACUCUUUGUCAUAUUUUUCAAAGUUGUGAUUAUUUCAUUAUAAUAAUAGUAAUGAUGUAUUAUGAUAAGAACCAAAAACUAGAUAAAUAAUAGAGAGAAAAACAAAACGAAUAACAAAUUAAAGUAAUAGCAACAAAGAUAUAGCUACUAAGAUGCAAAAACUGUGAAAAGAAAACAAUCAUAUGUAGAAAAUCAUUGUAUAAGUGUAAGAAAAACGUAAACUGUUGUUUUUUGUUGUUGUUUUUUUAAGAAAAAUUAGUGGUUGAAUAUUUACGUAAUAUAGAUACGUUGUAUAUUUCCCUAUAGAUAUGAUAAAAAUAACAAUCUAAUAAGCUGCUACGAUAAGUAAUUACCAAAUAGCGUUUUAUAGCUUUAUUAAAUGUCCGGACAUAUUAUAGUCUUGCUUUGUUGAAGAAAUUGUAUGUACAUUGUAUAUGUCUAAUUUUAACAUGUUUAUGAGAAAGUUCGAGUUUUGGUAUUACAUGUAUUUUGCUCUUUGCCGUUUUUUUUGUCGUGUUUUUGAUAGGCCAUAUUGUUUGUAUUGUUAUAAUGAUAACCUAAAAGCAUUUAAAAGGAAUGUGCUGUAAUAUUGAUAUUUAUUGAUUUAUUAUUUAUUGAAGUCUCAUUGUUACAUGUGUACAUAUAAGUAUAUAUAAAGCAUAAAAUACAAACAUAAAAUACAUGAAAAGGCCACUCUAAACAGUUACAAGAUGCUUCUAAGGGAGAAAACUCCACAGGCCAUAUCACAGCAGUUUACUGGUUUAUGCACUGAGGAAUUGUCCCCCUUAGCUACACAAAUUUCAUAUGAUCAAUAUCAUUCAUUAAAGGUAAUGUUACAAUUUAAAGACAUAACAUCAAUAUAUUCACACUAUUGCAUGUUUUUCUUAUAGAAGUUUAAAAUGGGACACAAUUAAUAAAACAAUACUGAAAUGUUUAAAUGCGAACAUUAUUAAUGGUAUGAAAAAAUUACCAUUAUAUCAUUUAAUAUUGUAAAUAUGUUAUUUGUUAUACUUUACAUUCUCCUAACGGUACCAACUUAGGUAUAUCAGGGUCUUACAACAAUUUGUCUCCUUCAACAUGAUUUACAUUAAUUCCGUUUUAUCAAUGCCAUACAUUGAUGUCUUACAUAGAUGUAACAUAUUUUUGUGUAAUAUAUGUAAUGUAUAUGGUCGUUCAUACUUACAAAUUAUAAGUCAGUUAAUGAAGUUUUUCAUUAAUUUAAAUUUAAGUACAUUUUAUUCAGUCUGAUAUUCUUAUUGUUUUAUUCAUCUCUUUAUUAGUUCUAUCACAUAUUCAUGUAUUAGUCUUUACAUUAUUAGUGCCUAUUUUCGUUAAUUGUUUAUUCAUUUUGGUAGACCAUUAAAAACAACCAAUUUAUUUAGCUACAAAAUAAAUCAAGCUAGACCAUCUAGACUCAUUUUAGAUGUAAUGUCCUAGUAUUUUAAGUUCAAUUACAGAGUAGCUUAGUGUAUGGACAUUUUGACAAAAGCAUUAUCAAAUUUGUCUUUUUCAACCUUAACUAUUUGAGAAAAUCUAAUGGAUUCGAUCUAACUCCUCUUCUUUCAGUUUCGAUACUACGACCUCUCUUCAACAAAUAAAAAACAGCAAUGCAUUUCUAUGGUAUUGACUGGUUAUAUCUAUUUUAUUUAAUAAAAGUUUAUGGUUUCUAUAGAUAUAACAAAACAUAUUGUAAAAUUGUUUUAUUUUUACAAAAAAAAAAAAAAAAAAAAUAAAUAAAAAAAAAAUAAAAAAAUAAACAAA